CUGUGACUCCCCACCGCUUUACAUUUGCCUUGAUUUGUCGGAGACACACGAUAGGCCACUGGUUCGGAUUUCGCAAAGCAUUGUUCUUGUCCCCUUUGACCAUGGCGCCCGGCAUUCUACAGGACUCCGGUUUUGCCUCUGCCGAAUCUCAGCCCGCCAAAAAGAGAAGGCUCACAGUCCCAGUGCAUGUCCAGCAAGACGACGAAGAGGUGGCAACUGCUGUGCCCUCGCAUCCACUGGGGAUCAAGCCGGCUGGCAAUGCCUACACAGCGACCGAGAACAUCAAAUCGAGAUGUGGAUCCUUCGCCCGGCUGCCUGACGAGCUGUUGAACCACAUACUCGAGUCAUUCGAUGCUGACGCUCUGAUACGGCUGGGGAGUACGUGUCGAGCGUUGUACGCUUUUACUCGAUUAGACGAGCUGUGGAGGGCCUUGUUUGUAGGAUCCUCACCCGAGAACUUCACAUGGCGUGGCACAUGGCGAGCAACCUACCUCAACACGCCACCCAAAAACAUCACAAACGUCCCCUGCCACAACCUCUUCUCAGACGUUCUCUACCGGCCCUUCCAAUGCGCAAACACCUCCCUCAAACCCUACGUCACCAACAUUCCCGCCUGCAACGCCAUCGCCCGCCUCCCUGACCUGACCCCAGAAGAGUACUCGGCUAAAUGGACCGACAAGCCCUUCAUCCUAACCGAGCCCGUGAAAGCGUGGCCCGUCUACGGCAAGUGGACAUCGGCGUACCUGCUCGGGAACUUCCCCGCCACCAAAUUCACCGCCGAAGCCGUCGACUGGCCCAUGUCAACGUACAUCAGCUACAUCAACAACAACACGGACGAAUCGCCGCUGUACCUCUUCGACCGCGCCUUCGCGCCCAAGACGAACAUCGACACAACGCUGCCCCCGCACCACCCCGACGCCGCAUACUGGACACCCGAAUGCUUCGGGCCCGACCUGUUCUCCGUGCUCGGCGGCGCGCGCCCGGACUGCAGAUGGCUGAUCCUGGGCCCCGCACGCUCCGGCAGCACAUUCCACAAAGACCCCAACGCGACAUCGGCGUGGAAUGCAGUGCUCACAGGGUCAAAGUACUGGCUCAUGUUCCCAUCGAGCGGCGGCGCCGCGCCGCCCCCAGGCAUCAUACUCAGCCCCGACCACAGCGAGAUCACCGCCCCGCUGUCCAUCGCAGAGUACCUGCUGACCUUCCACGAGCUGGCGCGCGCCACGCCCGGCGCCAAAGAGGGCAUCUGCCGCGCGGGAGAGGUCCUGCAUGUGCCCAGCGGCUGGUUUCAUCUCGUGCUGAAUCUGGACGAGAGUCUGGCGCUGACGCAGAAUUUCGUGCCGCAGGCUCGGGUCGCGGAUGUGCUGGGGUUCCUGCGGGAUCAGCGUGAGCAGGUCAGCGGGUUUAGGGAGGAUGUUGCGGAGCGGGCGUAUGAGCUUUUUGUGGAGAAGCUAGGGGCGCUGCAUCCUGAGAUUCUGCAGGAGGGGUUGGAGAGGCUGGAGAGGAAAAGUAAGCAGGGCCGUGGGAAGUGGGAGGCGUUGACGAAGGGCGCGGAGGAGGAGAGAGGAGGAGGAGGGUUUAGCUUUGGGUUCGCGGGGGAUGAUAGCGAUGCUGAUAUCCCGUGAGAAACUGAGGAGAGGGGCGGCAUGUGACGGACAGCUCACAAGGUCACAUAGCGAGAGCAGUGCCAGUCAACUUGAAUCGUG